ACUUAUUGCUUUACUCUUGAAGGAUCUUGGUUUACGUAUGAUGUGAAUGGAGAAGUAAAGGAAGAGCUACUGGAAGGAACAGGCUUACCAGUCUCAAUUGCUUUCUUGAUCAAUGGCCGCCAGGGGAUUUUUGUAACUGCUCUAGGAAUCAACACAUCAUUGGCAAGUAGAAUAUGGCAAGACAUAUCUUCUUCGUUUGAUCAAUGCCUGCAUGGACGAAGAGAUGUUCUUCGCCAUUGCUGAACAUACUCUUGCCGUUGUUGGGAUAGAUGCCGCUUACAUCAAGCCUGUAGUCAGCAAUUACAUCAUGAUCAGCGCCGGACAGACCAUGGACAUCCUGGCCAAGGCAGACCAACCUCUAAGUCACUAUUACACUGCUGCUAGAGAAUUCUAUACAGACAAAGUUAUCUACACCGGGUAUGACAAAACAUAUGCCACAGCGGAAAGUUCCCUCUAUUUCCAGCUAGUGUUCCUUCUUGCACUGAUUAUAGCCAAGCAAUCAGCUUUACGCGGCAGUUCAGGAGUCUGGCAACGGUAGAUUAUCCCGUUAACGUGCCUAAGAACAUAAGCACCCGAAGGUUCAUAACGACUGCUCUAAAUGAAACACCCUAUAAUAAUUCAGGGAAUAUUACAAUGCAAUACACUGCAAGCUUAAGCAACAUAAGUUGGGUUGAUCCUGCUACAGAUGUACUCCAAGCCUACUAUAGGAACAUGAGUGGAUUUUACACCACAGAUUUUCCAAACGAGUCUGCUUAUUUCUUCAAUUUUCAAUUGGAAGAUGCUCCUGGCAGUCUAGCGCUGGCUCAAAAGGCUACCAAGGUGAAGGUGUCGGAGUACGAUGAAGAGGUGGAGAUAGUAUUUCAAUCCACCAAAGUGAUGAAUUCAUCACAGGAUCAUCCCAUGCACCUUCAUGGGUACAACUUCUAUGUCAUAGGCCAAGGAACAGGGGACUAUGAUUUUGAAUAUUACCCAAAAGACUUCAAUUUGGUGGAUCCUCCUUAUCUCAACACUGUUUCUGUUCCCAAGUUCCGAUGGGUAGCCAUCAGAUUCAAAGCAAACAAUUCAGGAGUUUGGUUAUGGCACUGUCACUUGGAUCACCAUUACAGUUUGGGAAUGAAUGUGGUUAUCAUAGUGAAGAAUGGCAACACUCUAGAGACAAGCAUGCGUGAGCCUCCUCCUUACAUGCCUCACUGUGACGAUUCCUCUCGAAUUAGGCUUUGGAGGAACUAUGAUACAAAAGCGUUGGAAUCAGAGAUAUGAUUUGAUAAAAAAGGCUAGAUACUUAUGCAUGUCUAUUAGAACCUGCGUUAUGCUUUUGCCCGCUACAAAUCGGAUUAGUUAGUAUAAUUAUUUGUUGAAAUAUGUUUACUUAUGAGUGUGAAGAAUAAAGGUCUCAUAUUGAC